AUGCCCUUGUUUAUGCCAGACGAGGAGCUGGCGCGGCUAUCUAGCGACGCCGCGUCGGUGGUAGCUGAGAGAGCCGACGAGUAUAUACGGAAGCUGUACGCCGAGUUGGAUAGUGUUCGUGCGAAGGCUGACGCUGCCUCCAUUACGGCGGAGCAGACGUGUUCGCUUCUCGAGCAGAAGUACCUCUCCCUCACUCAGGAUUUCUCCUUGCUUGAAUCCCAGAAUGCGCAGCUCCAGUCUGAUUUCGAUGAUCGACUAGCUGAGCUCGCACAAUCUCAGGCGCAGAAGCAUCAGCUUCAUUUGCAAUCGAUUGAGAAGGAUGGAGAGGUAGAGAGACUGACUACAGAGAUGUCAGAGCUGCAUAAGUCCAAGAGGCAACUCAUGGAGUUGUUGGAGCAUAAAGAUUCUGAAAUUAGCGAGAAGAACUCCAUAAUCAAGAGCUAUUUAGAGAAAAUUGUUAAGCUGACAGACGCUAGUUCGGAAAAGGAGUCUCGACUUGCUGAAGCUGGUGCAGAAUUGGCACGUUCCCAAGCUAUGUGCAGUCGUUUAUCUCAGGAGAAAGAACUCAUGGAAAGGCAUACCAAAUGGCUUGAUGAGGAGUUGACAGCCAAAGUUGACAGUUAUGCUGAACUCCGUAGAAGGCAUUCUGAUCUUGAGGCUGAAAUGUCAGCGAAGCUCGUGGAUGUUGAGAAAAAUUAUAAUGAGUGCUCUAGCUCGUUAAAUUGGCAUAAGGAAAGAUUGAGAGAGCUCGAAACGCAGAUUACUUCUUUGCAAGAGGAACUCAGCUCGUGCAAAGAUGCAGCAACGGCCACUGAAGAGCAAUACAAUGCUGAACUUUUCACUGCAAACAAGCUUGUUGAGCUGUACAAGGAAAGUUCGGAGGAAUGGUCUAGAAAGGCUGGGGAACUUGAGGGUGUCAUUAAGGCCUUAGAGGCACGCUUGGGCCAAGUCGAGAGUAGUUACAAAGAUAAAUUUGAGAAAGAAGUGUCUACAAACCAGCAGUUAGAGAAGGAGAAUGAAGACCUUAAACAAAAACUUGAGAAGUGUGAAGCAGAACUCGAGAAAACUAGGAAAUCAGAUGAGCUAAGGCUUAUACCUUUCAGCAGUUUCACAAGAGGGGUUGACGAUUCUGGGACCAGCAGCACGAUAGAGGAAAGCCUGGAAAUAAUUUCGAAGGUUCCUGCUGGUGUGUCAGGAACAGCGCUAGCUGCUUCACUCUUACGUGAUGGAUGGAGUCUGGCCAAAAUUUAUGAGAAGUAUCAAGAGGCUGUUGAUGCCAUGAGGCAUGAGCAAUUAGGUCGAAAGGAAGCUGAGUUGAUACUACAACGGGUUUUAUCCGAAUUAGAAGAGAAAGUGGGGUUCAUCCAAGAGGAAAGGGGUGAGUAUGAGCGGAUGGUUGAAGCUUAUUCUCUAGUCAAUCAAAAACUUCAGGAUUCUGUAUCUGAACAAUCAAAUAUGGAGAAGUUCAUCAUGGAGCUAAAGGCUGACUUGAGGAGAAGGGAACGUGAGAAUAUUUUAUCACAGAAAGAUAUAUCUGAUCUACAGAAGCAGGUUACGAUACUUUUGAAAGAGUGUCGUGAUGUCCAACUUCGCUGUGGAGCUGCCAGGGAUGAUGAAGAAGAUGAUCCUCAGCUUUCUGAUGUUGAGAUGGAUAUGGAAUCUGAAGCUGAUAAAAUCAUUUCUGAGCAUCUUUUGAAGUUUAAAGAUAUAAAUGGACUAGUUGAGCAGAAUGUUAAGCUCAGGAGUCUUGUUCGUAGUCUCUCAGAGCAGAUUGAAAGUAGGGAAAUGGAACUGAAGGAAAAGUUUGAGAUAGACCUGAAGAAAAAAACCGAUGAAGCUUCUUCCAAAGUAGCUAUCGUGCUUAAAAGAGCUGAAGAGCAGGGACACAUGAUUGAAUCACUGCACGCAUCUGUUGCAAUGUACAAACGAUUAUAUGAAGAGGAACAGAAGCUUAAUUCAUCUUAUUCUCGUUCUCCAGAUUUGCCUCCUGUGCCGGGAAGGACGAGCUUUUUACAUCUGCUUGAGGAUUCGCAGGAAGCUACUAAAAGAGCCCAAGAAAAAGCUUUUGAACGUGUCCGAAGUCUCGAAGAAGAUUUAGCCAAGGCUAGGAGUGAGAUAAUUGCGAUAAGGUCUGAACGGGAUAAGUUGGCCAUGGAGGCAAAUUUUGCGAGGGAAAAACUUGAGGGCAUAAUGAAAGAAUCUGAACGCAAGAGAGAAGAAAUGAACAGUGUCUUGGCAAGAAACAUAGAGUUCUCGCACCUGAUCAUCGACCACCAACGGAAGUUACGUGAGAGUUCCGAGUCUUUGCACGCAGCCGAAGAGAUUUCUAGAAAAUUAUCGAUGGAGGUCUCGGUUCUAAAACAAGAAAAAGAGGUGUUAUCAAAUGCUGAAAAAAGAGCUUCUGAUGAAGUUUCUGCCCUAUCUCAGAGAGUUUAUCGACUUCAGGCUACCUUGGAUACUAUACAGAGUACAGAGGAGGUUCGCGAGGAAGCAAGAGCUACCGAGAGAAGGAAACAAGAGGAGCAUAUCAAGAAACUUGAGAAAGAAUGGGCUGAAGCUAAAACAGAAUUGCAAGAAGAAAGGAAUAAUGCACGGCAUAGCACUUCCGACCAUAAUCAAACCUUGAACAAUGCUGUAAUGCAGGUAGAAGAAAUGGGUAAAGAAUUGGCUAAUGCCAUGAAGGCUGUCUCGGCAGCAGAGUCCAGGGCUUCUGUGGCUGAGGCUAGACUUUCUGAUUUGGAGAAGAAGAUAAGAUCUUCAGAUCCCAAGGCUCUUGAUACGGACAGUGGUGGAGUUGUCUCUCUUUCGGAUAAUGAGAUGUCCGUAGAACUACGUACUGCAAAGGAAGAAAUUGAAAAAUUAAGGGGAGAAGUAGAAUCUAGCAAGAACCACAUGCUUCAGUACAAGAGUAUAGCUCAGGUGAAUGAAACUGCGUUAACGCAGAUGGAAUCUGCCCAUGAGAACUUCAGACUUGAGGCUGAAAAGAGACAAAGAUCGUUGGACGCAGAGCUUGUUUCUCUUAGGGAGAGGGUGACAGAACUUGAAAACGACUGUAUACAGAAAUCUGAGCAAAUAGCCACUGCUGCUGCAGGAAAAGCUGAGGCUCUUGUAUCAGCAUCAGAUGAAAUUGCAAGUCUGAGAGAAGAAAGCUUGGUUAAAAGUUCUCAAAUCGAAGCAAUGAAUAUCCAAAUGUCCGCUUUGAAGAAUGACCUGGAGACGGAACAUGAGAAAUGGCGUGUUGCUCAGAGAAAUUAUGAAAGACAGGUUAUAUUGCAGUCUGAAACUAUUCAAGAACUGACGAAAACAUCACAAGCUUUGGCAACCCUUCAAGAUGAGGCAUCUGAACUACGUAGAUUAGCUGAUGCAAGGGGAAUGGAAAAUUCCGAGAUUAAAUCCAAGUGGAGUGAAGAGAAACUUCAGCUAGAGCAGCUAAAGAAUCUAGCGGAGAAGAAGUAUCAUGAACUCAAUGAACAGAACAAAGUACUUCAUAGCCGACUUGAGGCUAUGCAUCUUCACUCGGCCGAGAAAGAUAGCCGUUCUGGAAUAGUAUCAUCUGGAAGCACCGACUCGGAUCAACUUGGAGAUUCUGGUUUGCAAAGUGUAGUAAAUUACUUACGCAGAACAAAGGAAAUAGCUGAAACAGAGAUAUCACUGAUGAGACAAGAGAAAUUACGGUUGCAAUCGCAACUUGAGACUGCCGUGAAGAUGGCAGAAUCUGCCCGGGGAUCACUUAAUGCUGAGCGGGCCAGUACAAGGGCCUCAUUAUUGACUGAGGAUGAAAUCAAAUCUCUUCAGCAUCAGGUUAGUGAGAUGAACUUGCUCCGUGAAAGCAACAUGCAACUCAGGGAGGAAAACAAACACAAUUUUGAGGAGUGCCAGAGAUUGCGUGAGGUAGCUCAAAAGGCUAAGACGGAAUCUGAAAACUCGGAAAAUCUAAUGAAGCAAAAGCAAACCGAGUUAGACUUGUGUAUGAAAGAGAUGGAAAAGCUAAGGAUGGAGACAGAUCUUCAAAAAAAGAGGGUUGAUGAGUUGCGGGAGACGUAUAGAAACAUUGAUGUUGCUGACUACAAUCGCCUCAAAGAUGAAGUGCGGCAACUAGAGGAGAAACUGAAAGCGAAGGACGCUCAUGUUGAAGAUUUCAAGAAGGUUCUUUUAGAAAAGCAGAAUAAGAUAUCACAACUAGAGAAGGAGCUAACAAACUGCAAAAAAGAACUGAGUGAGAGGGAGAAGAAGUUUGACGUUGCUCAGCAAGAACAGGCUACUAUGAAGUCAGAUAUUGAGAAGCUGAAUGCAGAGAUCCAUAAGCAUAAAUCAGAUUCUGAUAAGUUCAGGAAAUUAUUUGCUAACAUGAAGAAAAAGUACGAGGAAGCCAAAGAGGCUGGAAAGAAAACAACAACUGAUGCUAUGGUGGAGCAAGCCGUUAAGGAGAAAGAUGAAAAAGAACAAAAAAUUCAGAUUUUGGAUAAGUAUGUUCAUACUCUGAAAGACGAGAUGAGGAGGAAAGACGAAGAAAUUAAGAAAAGGGAUGAGGAAUUAACCAAAGAGAAAACAGAACGCAAGUCUGCUGAGAAGGUAGUUGGAGACACCUUGACCACAGUUAAAAAGGAGAAAACAAAAGUGGAAGAAGAGCUUGUUAAGCUCGAGAGGUAUCAGACAGCCUUGGCUCAUCUCUCUGAAGAACUGGACAAAUUGAAGCAAGCGGAUAACAAUCUUCCUGAGGGUACUUCAGCUGUCCAGGCUCUCUCUGGAAGCAUAUUGAAUGACCAAGCAGCCGCCUACGUAUCAGCUGUAGACUACUUCGAACGCAUGGCUCGUACUAUUGUCCUCAAUUCUCAAGGCAGCUCGAAAUCUACCGAUAUGGUGACUGAACCUUCCUCUGGUACAGCUGAGCCUUCAACCAUUACGAGAGCCUCUCCUUCUGUGCCUUCAAAAGCCCCAGUGGCAACUACCCAGCAGCCACCCAAGGCAUCAUCUGAGGUUAACAAAGAGAAGAGAUUGAGUUUACAGAAACCAAGCGUUGAGCAGAUCCGCAGACCGAGCAGAAGGAUUAUUCGUCCCCAAUUUGUCAAACCAGAACCUCCCCAAAGUGAUGUUGAGAUGCCAGAGGCUGAGGGAGCUGGUGAUGAAGGGAAACAACCUUCCUCCCAUGUAGCAGAGAGCAAAGCAACCACGAUUGUACCACCUGCUCAAACACAUGUCCGUAAACGCCAGGCUGAUUUGUUGGCCUCUGAGCCACAGCAAGCGACUGAAGCGGGAACCAGUUCUGAGACUGCACCACCGGCGUCGAAGAAGUUGAAAGGAUCCGAGUCACAACCUGAUUCUGCCGAAGGUGAAAACCUCUCUAAAGAGCCAGCCGUUGAUGAAGCCAUGGAUGCUACGACUGCUGCUGAUGGUGACAAUGAAGAAAUCGAAGCCGAGACUGUGGAGGAGGAAGCUGAUGAAUCAGUUGAAGCACAACAAGAGAACGAAGCUGAAGUACAGGACAAAGCUGAUGAGCCAGUGGAAGAAAACCCCACUGAGACAGAAACCAUCCCUACUGAAGAAGAGGAUCAGACCGAGCAAGAGAAUCAAGAUCUUCUGACAGACGUGGAGUUCGAUAAAGAAGAAGGAGAGCUCGACCUCGAUACAUUGGAAGAUCUCGACGAGGCUACAGAUGGAGCUACCACGAUAAGGAGUCCAGAGAUGGGAGAAAUGCAGCCUGAGACGGUCGCUACACCCACGCAGUCACCUAGUAGGAUGGAGGCAACAAUGGAGGAAGCUGAAACAACCAUUGAACCACCACUAGAAGAUGUAAAGAACGAUGAAGGAGGCGAUGUAGCUGCUGAAGAAGCCGCUGAUAAACCCAACAAUGGUAACGAACAACAACAACAAGCAGCAGAAACCGAAAUCAAGCCAGAGACAACAGUAGCUGCUUCUUCCUCUACUACUCCAGCUUCUGCUGCUUCCCCAAGCGAAACUCCAGAAACCGAAGAAACAAAAAGAGCAGCGUCGCCAAGUGGAACUGUUGUGGUACUCGCAGAUAAAGCAAAAGAGAAUUCAGCCAAGAGACUAAGAGGAGCCUCUCUAGCAGCCGCUCGAGCUCCUUUGCAACCUACCCGAGGUCGCGGCCGAGUUGUAAACAUUCGAGGCGGUGGCAGACUGGUGCCUCGUGGUGGUCGAGCCCCUCGUGGUGGACGUGGAAAUUCCCCGAGCCAGCCUUGA